UAUGGUGAUAGGGCGCGUGGAGUUCCGGGGACGGGCAGCAGCAGCAGCGGUACUCGGAGCCUCAGUACUUCCAGUACUUCAGUAGUACUGCUGCUAGUACCGGUGGAAGUACUUGUACCUGCCGUGCAACCGUCGGGCCUGUCGCCGUCAUGGAGCUGGACAAAAUGGACGAGAACGAGUGGAAGUAUCACGGGGAAGGAAACAAGAGCCUGGUGGUGUCCCACGUCCAGCUUCCCAGAGUUCUACGUCUGCUCAAGUAUCCAGCUGAGGACUGUGAGAACCCACCACAGACACCUGAGCAGGCCUUCAGGCAGAUCCAGAACGUUGUUGACUUCAGCUCCAACGUGAUGAGCAGCCUCCUGGGAGAGAAGUUCAUCCACAGCGGGGAAGUGGUCAAACUGCCGCUGGAGUUCGUACGACAGCUGUCAAUCAGAGUUCAGCAUCAAAGACCAGCGAUGCGCUGUGAUAAGGUGAUGGACAUCUACAGCGGCUGUGCUCUCUGUCUGCCCAACCUGACCUCUCCAACUCUGCACCAGCCAACACACACACUUCCCCUCUGCAUCGAGAUCAAGCCUAAAUGUGGCUUCCUGCCGACCUCCAAACAUGUCAGCAAAGACAUCAAGACUAAAGUGUGUCGCUUCUGCAUGCACCAACACGACAAGGUGGCCAGGGGGAAGUGGAAGAGACGCAGUCUUUACUGUCCUCUAGACCUGUUCUCAGGGAACAGACAGAGAAUGCAGUUUGCCCUCAGACAACUCAUAGAAGAACCUCAGAACAACUUCAAGAUCUUCAAGGGCGGUCAGUGCAUUUAUAGUAGUAAAGAAGGAAGUGACGACUCGUUGGACCUGAACUCGCUGCUGCAUCAUCUCAGACCGUACUUCACGUACGGAAACAACAGAAUCAGUCACGUGACCGGCAAGGCUGUUCUCAACGACUUCAUCCAGGUCCUGGUGAACGCCCUACUGAGUGGUGGUGGAGGAGGGCACGGCGGGGGGGUAGCGGACAGAUGUGGAGAGGGGAGGAGCUUCUGUGAAGCCAGUGUUUUCAACAAGGAGAGGAUUCGUCACGGCUCUCAGGAUUUAAACAGCAACAGUGUCCUGUCCAGGAUCCUUCAGACUCAGAUGUUGGACACGCUGAACAUCGAAGGUCUUCAUCCUCUGUAUCGCAGAGUUGAACAACAUCUGCAGGACUUCCCCAAGGAGAGAACUCGUCUUCAGGUGGACGGGCCGUACAACGAGGCCUUCCUGGAAACGCUGCAGAAAUGUCCGGCUGAGGACGACGGCUCCGUGGAGUACGCUGCUGCCAAGGUUCAUCAGUACCGUGUUGCCAUGACAGCCAAGGACUGCUCCAUCAUGGUGGCCUUGGUGCCGAGCCCUGAGGAAGAGGAGGAUGACGAUGAAGGUCUGUCCAGUCAGAGGUGGCUCCGAGACUUCCAUUCAACCAGACCUCCCGCCUUCUCCUACUCCGUCUCCAUUCUGGAUCUGGAUCCGAAGCCGUUCGACUCCAUCCCCUGCCAGCUGCGCCUGGACCAGAGGAUCGUGUCCUGCUACCUGAGGACCGGGGGGGCGCUGCCGAAGGCCUCUCUGCAGCCGCUGCCGGACAUCUACGCGGCUGCAGAGAGGGACGACUGCACGCUGCUCUUCCACCCGGUGUGACAGCCACCAAGGAGCCAGGCGACACUACAGGAGACACAAAUAUCUGAUGCCACACUGAUGCCUCGAACAGAGACGCCAUGUUGUUUCCAGAGGUGGAGAAGAGUUAAGGAGCAGGGCUGUUUAUUCACUGCAGCACUUCCUCCUCCUCCUUCUCCUCCUCCUCACUCAGACCCUGUUGACAGGUAUCACCCUCUGGUUCCUCCUGCUGCUGCUCAGCAACAAAAGAAAUCUAAAGCAAGUGGUAGAUAAACCAACGGAAAACGAAAAGCAGACACAUUUAGUUUCCAGAGCCUUUUGUGAAGUUGUGGCAGUUUGACCUUUGACUCCUGUGCAGAGGUGAAUCCGUUCGGUCACAACUCACAUCGACUGGAAACCUCGUACGAAGCACUGGUCUCUCUAUCGCUGACAAAAGCGGAGAUUAAAGGACAGGUUCACAGUCAAAUCUUUAAAAAAACAAUAAUCAGGCGUCCAUAUUGAAAUAGAAACUGGUUUUCUUGCUGUAAUUAAUUCCACUUAAGAGUCGUUUAGAGAUCUGCUCCUUUCUGCACUUUCAAUGUACAUAAGUGAUGAGGUGCAGAAUCGCCUGCAGAGGACCGGGGAUGUUUAUGAAUGUUUUUUAAGGGAAACCAAAGAAGUGUGAGAGAGAGAGAGAGAGCCAGAUAGUUUAUGUUGUUAUGAGAAGUGUGAAAAGUUUAUUGGAUCAUUAUGAAACUGUGGUAGAAGAAAUUAGACCUAGUUAGGUGCUGCAGUCAAAGUUGUCAGUGGGAAACACUGGUUUGAUACUUUGGUUAUAAAAUCAAAUGAGGGUUAGGACAGUUAUCAAAUGGCUUUAGUUCCGGAUGCAUUGAUUUAUUUUCGGUUAGUGUUCCACCGGUUAUGUUCUGGAAGUGUUUCCUUGUUGAGCUGUGGUGGAGCGGUUGUAACACAGAGAGGGAAUUUUAUACUGAAAAGGGAGAAAUAUCAACAUGUGUGGUUUGUUUUGACAGAAACUGCUGAAGCCUCAACAGUCUGUGGAUUCUGACGCACAUCUGGAUCAGAUCUCUAAACCGACAAUAUGAACGGGAUGAUUACAGCCGAGGAAACCGUGGCUUCACUUUCACACGGACGCCCGAGUAGAAGGAACCUGUUCUUUAAACCUCCUGCUGCUUUUGUCGCACUUUGAUGAUGUCAUUUCCUGAAUGUAGGUGGGCGGGGCCAGAAUGUGGGUCCAGGUUGUUUGCUGUUAACAGAAUCAGUUCUGUUAUCAUGGUGACAGAGGAAAACAUGGUGGAUUCCGACUGCCAAACAGUCUCAGCAGCUGAGAUGGUGUUUUUUAUUUUUAUAACUCAUAACUCUUAUUUUCUCACGUUGGAGUUUUUCAGUCCAACUACUCACAUCAACUCAAACUAACUCAUGAGACAGCUGCUUGGUCGCAUCUGAGAAGGAAAUUGUUAAAGCAACACUAUGCAACCUUUAAACCUCCAAACAGCAGCUUGAUUCAAACCAGUUUGAUGUUUCAGUUACUGGGAAUCAGGAGAAAGUUUCCUCCUUCCUUCCCACUCAUCACCCAGUAACGUUGAGUGGGUAACGUUGAGUGGGCUGAACUGAUGAUCAGUUAUGAAAAACACAGAAGUUAAAAAUCUGAGUUCAAAUCCCACUACUCAGCAGGAAACUGUUAAAAUGUGAAGAAUUCUAAACAGUUUAGUGGAUUUGUUACAGCAGCAGCUCUUCUGGUUCAGGAAGCAGAGGAUCAUGGGUAAUAUCAGUUCAGUGAGUGGGUUCCACGAAGCCCCAAACAGGAUGAGUCUCCAUGUGUGGCUGCAGGGGGCGCUGUUGCUCAGUUAAAGUUGCAUGGUGUUGCUUGAAGGGUUUCAGACAAACUGAAGACGUCACACGAGAAAUUGUGAAGGUGUUUUUUUUUUUAUAUUUCACAAACUAAACAAUUUAAUCAAGGAAAUAAUCAGAUUAAUUAAAUAACAACCGACAGUUUCAGCCAUUGAUGAGAAGAAGUGAUCAAGAAUCUGAGGUCUGAGAGUCAUCACAGCAUCGUGUCACUUCUCUGCCUGGUUCUUCAUCAUCAUCCUCCUCGGUGGCCAUGACGGUGAACGUCUCCUUUUGACUGAUGUGACUCUACAGAGGGGUUUUCCAGUAGAGCAGUGGAAAGAGAGCAGAGGCUGCUGGGUAACUGGGCGCAGUCCUCUUCAGACAGGCCCAGGGUCAAACUGCUGCUCUGCUGGUUGUUGUGCCAUAAGUGGCUUGUUGUGUGUCUAUUUUGUCCAUGUGCCUAAAUGUUCUGGUAGGACUGGAGGACGAGGGUUGUGUGUGUGCGUGCGUACGAGUGUGUAUUUUGAAACGCUCACUUUGUUGCAGGCUGCGUUCCCAGCGGAGGUCAGAGGUCGUCUGUGGACGCAGCAUCAAACUCUCAGAACCUCGAUGCUCCAUGAUGAGUUCAGGGACACUGGGAGGUUUGAGGACGGUGAGGGAGACUUACAGCUGUUUGACUAUUGUUGGGGGGGGGGGGGCUUUUUUGUCCAGAUUAUUUGUAAGUCUCCUCUUUGUUCGGUAGAAACUCCUGAAACCAGCAGCGCUCGAGGAGGCUUCAGAUGAACUGGUAACACUUGACUUCAGUUCCUCUGUUUCCAGCGUCCACUCUCCAGCCUCCGUCACUGAAAACCAAUCACACUACAAGACUGAAACCUGGGACCCCCCCCCCCCCCUCCACACACACACACACACACACACUCCACUCCCAGGGUUAGACGUGUUUUCUGGAAACUGUCGGCUGUCAGCAGCUCUGUUCAAUCCAAACACUAAAUCCACAGAUCUUAGUUUCAGCUCCAUCCAACACUUGUUUGAUCUCGUCUCCAUCUUUUUGGACUGAGAUUCCAUCAGGCCACAUUUCCCUCUGAGGUCAAACGGCUGGAGAGUGAACUGAACCAGCCACUGAUUGUUCUGAUGGGGACGCGUCAGGCAGCCGACGAGGUCUGGACACGUUGAAACUGCUUGGUGGAGACGUGGGUUCAUCGAGUGAAUUCGAAACUCGAUGAAAAAAAUGUCAGAGUUCAAGUUGUAGGACGAGGAUUCACUGCAGAGGGUUAAACAGACUGUACUUUAACAACGACAGGAAACAUUGAAGUAGUUAUUAUUUAUCUCUAACAACACGAGGCCUCUACGUUCACAAGUGCUUUUUAUUUAUCGCAGCAAAGUUUUAGGUCAAACGCUCGAAACACUAUGCAGGUGCUGGUAAAAAUAAUUAAAAUUUUGUCCUUUGUCAAUGUGGCCUAAACUUAAAAAAGGACAAAUGUGAUGGUAGGACCGCAGCUAUCAAUUAUAUUUACUAUUGGUAAAACAUUCUCUGAAGUCUUUUAGACACGCAAAGCUGGAACUUAUCGGGAAUUAUCGUUUGAAACUUUAAAAGAUUCCCUGUGUAGAUUUGUUUUCAUCUUUUUCAACUCCCUCAUAAAAUAAAUAUAUUUUCUUAACGAUAAAUCACUGACCAGCUUUUAAAAAACCCUAAAGGUUCAUUUUAGUUUCAACAAUAAAGUUUGAAUCAUUAUCAAAGUAUUUUCAACAUUUUCAAAGAAGUAAAAAUAAAUGUUUGGUCUACUUUGUGAUAAGUUUCCCUCUGGAUCCUCAAAACAGCUUUUGACAAGAUCUCAACUCGAGGUUCAAUCCCAGGCUUUAAUCUGUUGAAAUGUAAAUAUCACACUUUGACGUUAUUCUGUUAAAAGCUAAAAUAACAAAACUAAACCGAACUAAAAAAACCUUGAGAUAAAAAUAUUGCGUAACGUUUCUUUUUGUCAACGGCUGUUUCCGAGUUCAGGAAGAAACUCAAACCUCUGUUUUCUCUGACACGUGAUCAAACAGUGAACGACCUUCUGGGUUUUUAAAAGAUCGUCUGGGAUUUAAAGCAGCGAUAAAACUAAGAGAAGAUUCUAGAGAAAACAAAGUGUCCAGACCUCUGACCUCCGACCUCUGACACAGCUCCGUCAGGUGAGCUGGGCUCUGAUUGGUCGCUCGUCCCUGCCUCCAGCUGCUGCCUGAGCGUCGAGGAGUGGGAACAUCGCAGCACUGUGAAACCUACAGACUCCUGAAUAACGCUGUGUGUGUGUAAAUAGCUGAGAGAAGAGAACUAUUUGAAAAUACAAAGGCGACUCUGCUGUUUGGCAUUUUGUAUUUAAAUUAUUUAUUUUUGUAGAUUCUGACCAAUGAGCUCUGCUGAUACAGUCAAGCUCUUUCUAUUGAAUAAAGAUUUCUAAGAGACUAAA